CUCCUGCUGACGGUGGCCUUCAGCCAGCCCGUCAGGCUGUACUCCAUGAGGCUCCAGGGGCCCGACAACGGGCAAGGCCCCCGAUCCCUGAAGCUCUUCACGAACCUGCCCCGCUCCAUGGACUUUGCGGAGGCCGAGCGGAGCGAGCCCACGCAGGCCCUGGAGCUGCGCCCCGAGGACAUCCGCGAGGCCGGGAGCAUCCCAUUGCGCUACGUCAAGUUCCAGCACGUCAACAGCGUCACCCUCUUUGUGCAGUCCAACCAUGGGGGCGAGGAGACGACGCGCGUCACCUACGUCACCUUCAUCGGGACGCCGGUGCAGGCCACCAACAUGAGCGACUUCAAGAGGGUCGUGGGCAAGAAAGGGGAGAGCCACUGAGCCCCAUUCCCAGCACCAUUCCC